GGCGGAGGCGAUCCGUUGGUGGGGUCGGGGUCUGGGGACGAGGUGGACGCGGGCCUGGCCUUCCCGGCAGCGCACCGACUGCCCCGCGGGACCCGUCGGCCCCAAGAUGUCGUACAUGCUCCCGCACCUGCACAAUGGCUGGCAAGUGGAUCAGGCCAUCCUCUCGGAAGAAGACCGCGUGGUCGUCAUUCGGUUUGGACACGACUGGGACCCUACUUGUAUGAAGAUGGACGAGGUUCUGUACAGCAUAGCUGAAAAGGUUAAAAAUUUCGCAGUUAUUUAUCUUGUGGAUAUUACAGAAGUACCUGACUUCAACAAAAUGUAUGAGUUAUACGACCCAUGCACUGUCAUGUUUUUCUUCAGGAACAAGCACAUCAUGAUCGACCUGGGCACUGGCAACAACAACAAGAUCAACUGGGCCAUGGAAGACAAGCAGGAGAUGAUCGACAUCAUCGAGACGGUGUACCGGGGGGCCCGGAAAGGCCGCGGCCUGGUCGUGUCCCCGAAGGACUACUCCACCAAGUACAGAUACUGAGCCCCCGUCCGGUCCUGGUGCAUACAGUGCCGUGGAGUCGUUCUCACGUGGAAAUAUUUUCAACUAUUUAAAGCCUUUGAGAAAGCGUUUGGGAAAGUACACAUAGCUCAAGGAGCUGGAGGGUUUUGCAGUGAGAGUGGCAUUGCCUCAACUUUCAGUCUGCCUGGUCCUUGUAUUUUUGUAUCAGCAAAUAUCUGUAAAUAUCUAGCUGAAAUAAAUAAAAUACAUGGUGAUGGGAACAGUCAAAA